AUGUCUUCACUUCCUACAAUAGUUCUGGUUCACGGUGCCUGGCACACCCCAGCCAAUUAUUCCACCUACGUGAACGCCCUCCAGAAGCAGGGGUUCCAAGUCCAUUGCCCCCGCCUACCUACAAGCAGCAACGCACGACCACCAACAGCGUUCCUCCCCGAAGAUGUCGCCUGCGUGAAAGAACUAGUCAACACGCUCAUUGACGAUGGUCAGCGCGUUCUCAUGAUCAUGCACUCAUACGGCGGCGCCGUCGGAUCCAGCGCCGUGGAGGGCCUAUCAUUAUCCGAACGGAAAUCAUCCGGAAACCCCGGCGGAGUUAUUCACUUACUGUAUCUUUGUGCCUAUAUUCUUCCUACUGGGUAUUCCAUGUGGAAUAUUGUGCAGGAAGCCAAGUUCGAAAAGGUGUUGGAUGACUAUAUGACUACCACGACGGAUGGUGUGACGAUGCCUAAUGAGCCGGGCCUUUCUUUUUUCAGCGGUAAAGCGGACCAGGCUACUGUUGACAAAGCACUGGAAACGUUGGUCUGGUUUCCUUCGCGGGUUUUUAAGGAUCCGACGACAGGGUGCGCUUGGAAAACAAUUCCUACAACCUAUAUCCGUACAUUGCAGGAUUAUGGGGUUCCGGCUGUUUAUCAAGAUAUCAUGUUGGCCAAGGUGCAAGAUGAGGGUGUUGUGGUGAAGACGGAGGUCUAUGAUGCGGAUCAUAGUAUUUUUAUUACUAUGGAGAGGGAGAUGGUACAAGCUGCGCUUAAUGCAGCUGCUGAUGAGAGAAACACAGUGUGA